GGUACCGUACAGAAUGCUUUUCUAAAGCCCCAGAAGUCGCGAGAUCGAGGGCUCUUAAGUAUUCUUGCCUUGGGCUGAGGUUCUGAUUCAGCGACUGGAGAUGAAGGAGCACUCGUUUACCUGCUGAUGGUGCCUUUCUUCAGCGCGCUUCAGCGCCGCAGCGUCCACUGCUCCAUGGACUAUAAAGGACGUCUCUGUUGCAUGUCUUCUUUCCUUAUCCAUGCCCGCUUGUUCCCUUAACCGUCUCUCUUUUCCGCAGAAUGGGCCCUUUAGCUAUUUAUGCCAUUACCGCUGGCGGUAUUUUCACUGUUCUUUUGUUGAUCCGGGCCUUCUCCCUCCUCGCCAGCUGUGGACAUUUUUUUUCUCUCAUUGUGUCUCAACAUUUGACGCUACCCUUUGUCAUUCGAAGACAUCGGUUCUUGGGUCCAUGGACCAGAGCCGGUGUGUUUCUUUAUUUAUCAUAUACUGCAACCAACAUUUUUCUUGUCUUCUUCAAAAUCAAGUCGUUGGCUGGCGCUGGUCGCCGGGCCGGAGAAUUGGCCUUGAUCAACUUGAUUUUCCCUUUGUCCACUCUCCACCUAAGCUACCUAGCAGACCUCAUGGGUAUCAGGUGGGACACUUGUCGCAAGAUCCAUCGUGCUACUGGCUGGAUGGCUGUUGCCCUGCUAUCAUUUCACAUUAUUGUGGCCGCUCAAGCCUCCGACUUCACGUUCCCACUCCGCGAAGAGCAAAACCUUUUUACUAUGCUCGCCGCCAUCGCACUGGGCGUCCUUGCCCUGCAUUCCAUUCCGUGGUUUCGUCAAUGGUCCUAUGAGAUCUUUCUCCGGUGUCAUCAGAGUCUCACAGGGCUGUUUGUCUACGGCGUCUGGCAGCAUCUCCCAUCACAGAGCCAUUCCUCAAAGAUAUAUUUGCUCAUCGCGUUGGGGAUUUUUACGCUGACUUUCCUCUUAGAGCUGGUGACCCUACUGUAUCGAAACGGCCUGUUCGCUGGCCGUGGAGCUCCUAGGGCCAUUGUGUCAUUUAGCGCGAGCAAUUCGCCGGAGGAAGGGUCAGUGGUAAACGCUGUCCAUGUCCGUGUUAUCUUACCUCGGCCUGUGAAAUUCGAGGCUGGACAGUAUAUCAACCUUUGGAUACCGUCAAUCAGUCUCUGGUCGUGGACGCAGACACACCCUUUUACGGUCACGUCGUGGUCCAAAAGUCGGCAAGAUAUUGUGGAGCUUUUGGUGAGACCACGCAAUGGUCUAAAUGCCGAUCUUCUCCGUUAUGCAUCUGUUGGUGCGGAGAGCUCGAUUUCAUUCCUGGCUUUGUUUACUGGCCCUCAUGGAGUCAGUGAAGAAGUUAGCCAGUAUGAAAGUAUUCUCGUGGUGGCUAGCGGAUCCGGGAUCGCCGUGGUAAUUCCAUACCUAAAGAAAAUGAUCUACGGCUAUAAUACCUGCACCUCCCAGGUUCGCCGGCUACAUUUGGUGUGGCAGGUAGAGUCAGUUGACAUGAUGACCCCCGCCUUGGCCCUGAUAAAUAACCUCCUGAAGGAUGAUAUCAUGGAUGAUGGCUAUAUAUUGCAUAUCUCGAUUUACGUUAGGGAUGGCCUCAAGCAGAAUGGAUUACCGUUCGGUCAGCAUAAACGAGUCUAUUUCUACCAGGAAGUGCCUAAUUAUCGAAACAUUAUUUCACUCGAGGCAUCCGGCGACCAGAUCGAGAGGCUGCCCAACACCUGGGAUGAGCAAGGUCGGAUGUUAGUGAUGGUCUCUGCGACGAACGAUCUUCGGGAUCACAUCCGGAAGAUUGUACGAGAAUACGUUCAUCAGGGUGUAAAGCUUUCUGAGUUAGAGUACCAGCCCAGAAAUGAUUAAACAUACGUUCAAGCACGGAAACUGAGAUUGGGUCGGUCUAGAGAAACUGAGAGCGUUGAUGUGUCUAGUGGACGCCUUGGGGGGAAAAGAUCUGGAGAAAAAGGGUUCGAACUUG